AUGAAGUUACCCCAGUUGGUGCUUUUGCUACUGGGUAUUUUUGGUGAGUAUAUAGGAAGAAAUAAUGGAUUAAAAGUUAAAGGAGGCGUUACAGUAAAUAGAGGUAGGAUGUUGAGUAGAGGUAGAAGACCUACUUCGCCAUCAUUAAAUACGAAUAGAAGAUCUUUACCAUCAAGAAAGGCUUAUCAACAACAUUUAUUGGAAGAUUCAAUGCUGGGAGGUGAUGGAUCUGACUUUAUAAGUGAUACAACUAUAGGAGGAGUAAUUAAUGACAAAGGAAUAAUGUCCAAAGCUCCAUCUAAGCUAAUUACUAAGCCAAUUUUUGCUCGUAUCCAGCCAGAGGAAGCGGUAUCAAAAGUCCAAGUAAUUCAAAAGACCGUUCAGAGACGAGGAGGGAAAGUAUCUUCAGUUGUACGUUCAAUUUCUCCAAGGAGAAUUAGUGUAAUAGAUUUAAAUAUGGGCCCACAGGAGAUGGUGGAUGUACUAUCUCGAGAAGCGAGACAGAUGGAGCAGGAUAAAACUGGAAUUAACAAAGGUUCUGCAGAGUUAGCAUGUGCUAGAUACAGCUUUAUGUUUCAUUGUGAAGUAGUAGAGAUACCGAAAGAGGUACUGGAAAGAAGAAAGGAUAAAUACUUAUAUACUGUUAGAGAUUUAAAAGAUAAGAGAUAUGCUUGGAAUACAGCUCAGGGAACCUAUGGGAGAGUAGUUUUUGGUUAUAUUGAAGUUCCAUCUGUAGAUCAAAGAUUUAAAACAGGAAAUACGAAGUUUUCUGAAUUUUACAAAUUACCAGAAACUUUAACAGGAGUUAAAGUAUUAUUCCAUGGUGGAGGAAAAUAUCCUGCAAAGUAUCUUCUACCAGGAAUGAAAGUUAGUGUGGUUAUUAAAUCUUAUUUUAGAGGUAUAUACAAAAUUGGAAGGAUUGUUUGGAAUAGAGAAAGAGAAAUUCUUUAUUCACUAUCCAAAGAAUUUUGGACAGAUGGAUAUGGAGGUCCAUUAACUCAUACUCCAACGGUAUUUAGUGUCCAUUAUCAGGACCCACAAUCUGGUAAACAACAAGUAUUAUUUGAAGAUAAAGAAAAUAAAAGAGCAUUAGUUUCAGAGUUACUUAUUAUGGAAAGGAUUACUGGUCAAACAUUUUUUGAAGUUUCAGUUUAUCUUCAAGAUUCCAAAAUAUUUAAAUGGUUAGAACAAACAAAUGCUUGGGAGCUCUGGAAUAAAGCAGUUUACAAGUUACAAUGGACUUUUAAUCAUAUACUACAAAGUUUCAUGGCUACUGGUUAUUUAUUAUAUAUGCAUUGUGAUUUGAAUAGAAGUAAUAUCUUACUUUCAAUUCCACCACUAACUUUUGAUCACAAACGAAAUUUAUUAAAUAUUAUUUCUAUGGAACCAUGGGAUGUCAGGGUUAUUGAUCUUUCUUUUGUGUGGGUACCAAAUACAUUAAAAUCAAGAAACACUAGAAGUAUUUGCAGUCAAGUUAACAAAAUGGCCAUCUUUUCUGAUGCAAAUUAUCUUCAUGUAUGUAUCAUGGAACUUUUCAAAGUUCCCCAAAAAGAUCUUCCAAUUUCCAGGCCAACUCCGUUAUAUAAGGCUGUGCGAGCUAAAGCACUUGAGUUAUGGGAAAAACUUGAUUCUGUUAAUGAAUGGUGGGCUGUCGGAAUUAAUUUCAUUGGACGAAAUUCUUCAACUCACAAAAAAUAUAAGAUUAGAAAACCUGAGUUGGGUGGAAAUACAUUCAAUGAAUGCCUUGAAGGUAUUAUGAUGAUGUCUGAUAUCUUUGACGCUGAAGCUAGAAAAUUGGGAAUUAAAUUGCCAUUCCAUUCAUUUUCACCCGAAGCUUAUUUAAGGGGCUAUCUCCAUCUUUCAUUCAGAAUUACAAAACUCGGAUUAUGUUUAAGAACAAAGAUUACAGAGAAUUGGGAAUCUAUUAAGAAUAUCUUAACUGCCGUUACUUAUUUUGAUUUUUCUGUCAUGGUACUUUCUUUGGAUGCAAGUUUAUCAUCAAACAGGGACUCUAAUGUAUGCAAAAUAAACAUUCCAAAAUCAGAAAAGCAACCAGGAAGCCAUUAUACAACAAUUACUCUUUCAAACAAAAUAUGUCAGGAAAUUAAGUCAUGUAUGGCAAGUGUUGAGGCAAUGAAAUCAAUUCCAGGAGAUGAGGUUAUCAAACCAGCUAUCUCUGUUGUAACAGCUGAAAAUCACGAAUCUGAUCGUAUAUUAAAUGAACUACGUUUUGAGAAAAAGUUUCCAGAAUCAAUACAAGCUUUAGGAGUCCGUUUAUUUGGAAGAUUUCAAGGAAUUAACAAUAAUGUUGAUUUAAAUAAGAACCAGAUUCUCAAUUUUCUAACACAACUGGAUUUAAAUGCAAAAAUUGGUACAAUAAGAUCCACUAAUCCUUCUGAAAGUUCUUUAUUGAGUGUAUGUAAUGAUCUUGAAAGUAAUGGUACUUUAAAGUCUACAUUUGGAGCUCAAAUAUAUUCAUCUAUAAUAUCUUAUGCAAAGAAUUACAGAUUAAAUACUUUUUGUCAACUCUUGUUUAAGCAAUUACGUAAUACUAUGCUUUUUUCAAAUCAUUUAGAUCCUGAUUUUAGAUCAGGUCAAUCUUUAACAACACCAGAAACAGCAAUUACUGAGAAACAACUUCCAAAAUUUGAUGAGCUUCAAAUAAAUACUCCUCAACUUAGAAAAGAAAUUAUUCAAUCUCAAACAAAAUUCGAUCUAGGUAGACUUAUUUCAAAAAUUCAAGAAAAAGGAGCUUUAGACAAAAAAUUGGAUGAAAAAGUUUACUUGUUUUCUUCAAAUAAAAAGGAAUGUAUUAAGGUGGAAAAUUUUAAACAAUUAAUUGGUUCAAGUAAAAUUGAGGUUGGAGAUUAUUUAAAGAAAAGAUUUAUCAAGAAAAUUAAUGGCUUAAUUGAUUCUGUAGGAGAACAAAUUUUAAAAUAUAAUAGUAUUCAGCUCUUGUGUUCAUCAUUUACUCAACUUUUUGAAUGUAAUAUGAGGUCUAAAGCAAUGAUUGAUAAUUCAAAAGAUAAUUAUAGAGAAGAAUCAAUAUUGGAAGUAAAUGAACCUGGAAAUACACAAAUUAUUCUUUGGGAUGAAAUUCAAGAUCAAAAUAUUCAACUUCAAUGGAAAGUAUUAAGUGGUAAAUAUGGUUCAGUAACUUUUUUAGUGGCUUUAAUUCCUAAAGUAAGUAGUGAAUAUUUGAUUAAGUCUCAAGUAAUGGCAAAUUCAUGUAAUAUGCCAUUAAAAAUUAAGAAUAUAAGAGCCUGGUUCCAUGGGAGUUUAUAUGUAAAACCGGGAUGGGUUCCAGAAGACAUAAAACUAUAUUUAGCUGUAAAAAGUCCAUUCAAAGGAGUACAUUCAAUAGAAAAAGAAAUUUGGGAGAGGGAAAAUUUUCUGAGUUUAUUAUUAAGUCGAGAAAUAUUUUCAAUGGUUUUGAAAGAUGGAGUAAUAGAACAAUAUCAAUUAUCACCUAGUAUUGUAACUUUCCACCAUAAUGUAAAAGAUUCAAAUAAAUGUCCAUCACACUUUUUUAUAACAAACUCAAAAAAGAGCUUAAUUAAAAUAAAUGAUUUAUAUAGGCCAUUAUUUUCUAAUUACAUGUUCAUGGAGUAUAUUAAUGGGUUUCCUUUGGAAACUAUAUUAUAUUAUUUAAGAAGUGAGGAUAUAUUUUUAUGGUUAAAUCAAGAAAAUAGUCAAAAAAGGUGGGUAUUUUGGCUUGAAGCAAUUUUAAACUUGUCUAAAUUGGUACUACUAUCAAUUCAAUCAUUUUCAUCCACAGGAUUCUUUCAAUACUUUCAUUGUGAUUUAAAUUUUGGGAAUAUUAUUAUUUUAAAAGAAAACAUUAGUGAGAGAUUAUUUGGAAUAAAUAAACUUUUUCAAGAUAAAAAUAAUCAUUUUGAUAAUCUGAAAUUUAUUGCAAAUAUAGGACAGGAAUCAAUUCGAAUUAUUGAUUAUGCCUUUACUUAUGUACUUUAUCAUAGGGAAAAAGAAGAUGAAAUUUCAGAUUUUAAUGAUUUUUUAAAACAAAAAGGAAUUUACAAAGCAACUGGAGAGAGAAAUUUUGAGAAUAUUUGUAAGAAAAUGAUCAAAGCAGCACUUUUUAAUGAUCCAAAUUAUAUUUCAAUUUUGAUUUCAGAGUUACUUAUUGGGCAUUCUUCACUUUUAAAUAAAUCUCUAUUAUACCAAAAUCAACAGGAUGAUAAUAAAAUUUCAUAUAGUAUAACAGAAAUAAAUGAUCCUUCAUUGAAAUGGAAAGAUCAAUCAAAUCAAUUUAUUAAUUUAUUAUAUAAAUUUGAUUCAAUUUUAAAUUCUGAAAAAGAAUGGGAGAUAAUAGCUCAGGAAUUUGUUGAAGAUGAAAGUCCUAUUAAACGUUGGAUCAGUAAGAAAAGUAAAUAUAGAAACCAAAGAAAUAUUCUUUCAAGUUUUAAUCAAGGUUCUGAAGCAUAUAUAAUAGCUUGUGAUAAAUUAAAUCAAAUAAUUCAAGUUGCAAAAAAAACUGGUUUAAUAAUUCACCAAGACUUAUUAAAUAAUUGUUUAUCAUUUGAAUUCUAUUUAAGAUCUUACUUAUUUAUUCCUUUUAAUAUUGCUAAGAUUGGUUCAUGUUUAUAUUCAAAAGCUAAGAAGAGUCAAAAAUUUGCUUCUUAUAUAAGCUCAGAAAAAUCGAAUACUAUAAAAAGUUUCUUUCAAAUGGCUUCAAUUACUAUAAGUUAUUAUAUUUGGAUUACAAAUAGAACAAAUAAAAAUAACAAUAUAUCAUCUAUUUUGUUUGAUUUUUUUCAUGAAAUUAAGAAUGAAUGUAAUGAUGAACAAUUAAACUUGGAAAGUUCUGAAAUUCUAAGUAAUCUUAAAAAUAUCGAUCCCAUGUACGAGAAAACCAAAAAUAUUUACAAUCUAAUUUACAAAGAUCAGAUGGAAUUCUUAAAUAAAAAUAUUGUUCAAAAUAAUUUAAGUAUUCCUUUUGUUUUAUUAUUACAAAGAGCAUGGUAUAGAAUUCAAGAUUCUACUGAAAUCCUUCAAAAUCAGAUUCCUCUUAAUGUCAACGAAAACUUACUGAACUCUUUAAUUGAAUUCUUUAGUGAUAUUCAAUUGGCCUUCUCUAAUUCUAUUGAUCCCUACCAAAAAGGUAACAAUUUACAUAUCAAUGAUUCAACCAUCCUAAAUAUUUGUAUGAAUAACAUCAACCAUUUAAAAUACACUAUUUUCAAAGAUUCAGCUAUAGGUGAUUCAGACUUGUGUAAUUUGAUCAUCAAACCCCUUAUUUACACCUCCCCAUUUAAAUCUUAA